GACAGAGCAGGAGGGAGGAGAGGACCGCAGGUAGAUGCAGAAUGAGGUCGUCCCUGCUGCGGGUGGUAGCCAUGUCCGGUUGCCAUGACAACUGUUCAGCUUGGUGACGAAGUGCAGUGGAGGAUGCUGGGUAACGCCAAACACUUCUUUCCUGGAGCACAGGAGCAGGAUGGAGAAGAGGAAGAGGAGGAGGAGGAGCAGGGCAGGAUGGACUGGCAAGAAGGAGGAAGAGGAAGGCAAAACGGAAUGGUGGACAUGGGGGACCAGGAGGAGGAGCUGGAGUUACGAGGGGGUAGGCCGCUGAGGGAGCCCAAAGGGGAAGGACAUAAACCAGCGGCUAUUGUGAUUGGACGACAAAGGGGAGAUAGACAGCCAAAGUCUUCCAUGGCUGCUGUGCAAAGGGGGAUCUCUUUCCCCACCAAUCAGGAACUUGCUCAACUUCAACUGGCCAAUCAGAAGCAGCUGUAUCCAGCUUCAGCCAAUCAACAGCAGCUGUAUCAGGCACCAACCACUCAGCAGCAGAGGAGGCGUUACAUGAUGGAGCGUAGCAUGACCACGGUGUCACCGCUAGAGGAAACUCACCUGACUAUGUUGGUGUUCCGCAUCGGCAUCCCUGACAUCAAGCAAACGAAGUGUUUGCGCUUCGACCCUGAUGCGACUGUGUGGAGUGCAAAACUGCAGAUCAUGUGUUCCCUGGGCGAGUCGCUGUGGGACGUUUACAAUUAUGGCCUCUUCCAGCCGGCCACAGACGGACGGGAUGCCAACUUCCUGGAUGAAGAGCGCUCGCUGAGAGAAUACCCACAAUCCUUUGAGAAAGGAAUGCCCUACCUGGAGUUUAGGUAUAAGACCAGAGUUUACAAGCAGGCCAACCUGGAUGAGAAGCAGCUGACCAAACUACACACUAAGGCCAACCUGAGGAAGUUUUUGGAGUACAUCCAGAGUGCAUCUCUGGACAGGAUCACCAAAGCACUGGAUAAAGGCCUUGACCCAAACUACCACCACCAAGAGAAUGGAGAGACGCCCCUGACUCUGGCAGUGCAGAUGCCUCAGGGCAUAGAGGUGGUGCGGUGCCUAGUGCUUAAUGGAGCCCAUCUAGAUUUCAGAUCCAGGGAAGGACUCUCACCGCUACACAAAGCAGUUCGAGCACACAACCACGUGGCAUUGCAGAUACUACUGGCUGUAGGAGCAUCUCCAGACUAUAAGGACCGCUGUGGACUGACGCCUCUCUACCACUCCGUACUGGCAGGGGGCGACACCUCGUGCUGCGAGACGCUGCUCUACUACCGAGCCCGUCUUGGAGUCAGAGACGAGAAUGGCUGGGAUGAGUCACACCAGAUGAGGGACCCAGAGGCAUUUGGAAUGCAAGAAAUACACAAGGCAUGUCAGAAUGGUUUUGCCCAGCACCUGGAGCACCUGCUGUUCUAUGGUGCAGACUCCACCUCCCAGAAUGCAGCAGGAAACACUGCACUUCACAUUGGCGCUCUGUAUAAUAAGGAAAACUGUGUGCGUGUUCUCCUAUAUAGAGGAGCCAAUAAGGAGACUAAGAAUAAGCAUGGACAAACCCCUUUCCAGGUGGCAGUAAUGUCUGGCCAUUUCGAGAUCGGAGAGAUCAUCAAAAAUCACAAUGACUCAGAUGUAGUUCCCUUCCUUGAGUCUCCCAAGUAUGCCCCUCCACGGUCUGAGCUGGUCAGGACUCUGCCACCCUCAGUGCCCAUCCACCAUGCCCACCCUCACCCCCUCCUGCGGGCCAAGAGUGAGAACACCAUGAAUCCUCCUGAUCAGAUGGCCCCGGCUCCCUCCUUUGGAGCCAACAUGGCGCCCACACAGACCCAACGGAGAGCCUCGUUUGCUCUGAGGAGCUCCAGCAGUCCUCGAUCUCGCACUCGUUCACCGUCCAGGGGAAGAGGGGAUACGGAGGAACGACAGAAGCCGCAGAGAGGGAGACCGGGUGGUGGCGGGCAGCAGCAGCAUCAACAGCAGCAGCAGCAGCAGCAGCAGCAGCAACAGCAGCGCAGGAGGCUCUACAGCGCCGUCCCUGGCCGUGUGUUUGUGGCCACCUGUUCUCACCCGGCCCAAAACGAGCGCGACCUCAGCCUCAGCAAAGGAGACAGGGUCAAAGUGCUCAGUGUGGGGGAUGGAGGCUUUUGGGAGGGAACAGUAAAAGGGAGAACUGGCUGGUUUCCAUCUGACUGUGUGGAGGAGGUGGCCCCUCAAAACCAAGAGCAGAAACCAGACUCUCGCAGUGAAAAGGCCCGCAAGAAGCUGUUUCGCCAUUACACAGUAGGGGCUUAUGAUGGCAUUGAGGCACCCAGUGACUACAUCAUAAAGGAGAAGUCCGUUCUCCUGCAAAAAAAGGACAAUGAGGGCUUUGGAUUUGUGCUCCGAGGAGCUAAGGCUCAGACUCCCAUUGAAGAGUUCACUCCCACGCCAGCCUUCCCUGCUCUGCAGUAUCUGGAGUCAGUGGAUGAAGGGGGUGUGGCCUGGAGGGCAGGACUGCGAAUGGGUGACUUUCUCAUUGAGGUGAACGGGCAGAAUGUGGUGAAGGUGGGCCACAGGCAGGUGGUGAACACGAUCCGGCAGGGAGGAAACAGCCUCACGGUGAAGGUUGUCAUGGUGGCACGGAACCCGGAGAUGGAGGAGGUGCCUAAAAAGAAAGCCCCCCCUCAGAGCAAGCGGCUAACCCCCCCAGCCAUCGCAAUGCGCUCCAAAUCCAUGACCUCUGAACUCGAGGAGAUGGUGGAGAAAGCUGCCUCUCCCUGGAAGAAGAAAGCGGAAUACGAGUCAUCCCAGGCCACUGAUAAGAAGAGAAGUGUCUAUCAAAUGGCACUGAAUAAGCUGGAUGAGAUCCUGGCAGCCGCUCAGCACACCAUUAGUCCGUCUGAGGGGGGGGCUCAGCGGGGUCACACGGGGAGGAGAGAGCGCAACAAGGGCUAUCACACUAACAAGCAACCAAGUGCUGAACAAUCAGGUGUUGGCAUGAUGUCAUCAGGGUCUGGGUUUGGUUAUGACCAUGCCCAGUUUUCAUCAAGCCACGCCACCCAGCAUGGUCAGAUGCUUCGGCAGAAGUCCAUUGGGGUGGCAGAUGAGGAGAAGGGCUUACUGCAUCCCCCCACCAUGAAGCUAUCACGCAGUCUGUCUGUGCCUGGCCCAGAGGACAUUCCACCCCCGCCUGAAAUUUCGCCCCCUGAGCCCCCACUGUCAGCGGGUGGCAGGAGGUCUGAGCCCGGCCACCCCUCUUCACACUACCUGCCCCAUGCACAGACAGCUGUGGCCCACCAGCACAGCCGGGCCCCCUCGCGCAGGGAGUCGUCCGACUCUGGCUGGAGGGGAGGAGGCAAAAUGGGAGGGCUAAGGCGAGGCUACAGCAGUGCCACUCCCCCUAGCAACAUGGCCACUGCCAAGGCAACCGCAGUACCACCACCCCAGCAAGCUGUCGCUAAGACAACGGGACGGAGAGCUGGUGGAAGGGGUCCUCUGCUCAAGCAGCCUAAAGUCGAGGAAGGAGGAGCGGGCCGUGCAGCGCGAGGGGGCCAUGCGCAGGCUCAGGAUCCUGGGACAGAGAAGAGCUCCAUUCCCAUUCCCACAAUCAUUGUCAAAGCCCCUUCCACCAGCAGCAGUGGCCGGUCCAGCCAGGGCAGCAGCAUAGAGGCUGAACAACCCCCUGACCUUGACCAGGAGGAGGCCGUGGAGCCCUCCAGCCCCCCUUCCUCUCCACCCUUGCCUCCCUCUUUACCCCCGUCCCUUCCCCAGGAUAGAACAGACACAUUUGGACCUCCAGGUGGUGGCACAAUGGGUACAGCAAGGCGGGAGCGAGACCGUUACCGGGACUCCCGGCGAAAGAGUGCCUCUUUCUUCUAUUCCUCCGAGGAGGACCUGCUGGAGGAGGUCCCCACUACCCAAACAGAGAAUACAUCCCCCCGCCUGCGUCCCUCAAAGUCCAUUGAUGAGGGCUUGUUCUCUGGGGACAACCUGACAACCCAGGGACGCAGCAUGCCCCCCACCUUUGGCCUGCCUCAGUAUGCCUCACCACAGACUCACACACACGCCACCACCUUCAUCCAUCCUCUCACGGGGAAGGUUCUAGAUCCAUCAUCUCCCCUGGGAUUAGCUCUUGCUGCGCGCGAAAGGGCGCUAAAGGAUGACCGGCGGACCCGACGCGAAGAGCGACACUUUGGCAGGCAGUUGUCAAGUGUGGGGGCAUUUCCCUCAACCGUGUCGGCACCAAACCCACAACACAACCCGCCGUCCUCUUACAUGUACCAACACCAACACCAACACCAACACCCUCCCUCCCUGUAUGGCUCCUCCCCUGCUUCAGGCGCCCCAUCUCCCCUGAGCCGUCCCCAGUCUCCCAGGAUGAUGCAAUUGGCUGGCAGCGGGCCUUGGUCCGGAGAGGGAAGGGAUCGAGACAAAGAGAGCUUGUCUAGGGAGGGUAUGAGAGUGAGGUUCUCCGAGGAAAGACAGUCAGCUCAGCAAAACCAGUAUCAAUAUCAGAACCAGUACCAACAACAGUACCAAAACCAGUACCAGAAUCAGUACCAAAGGGACUGGGAACGAGAGGCAGAGAGAGGGGAAGUCUAUGGGAGGGGCCCUUUGCAGUCAGCUCCCCCAUUAUCACAGCCAGCGCCCAAUCAGCAGUCUCAGCCUCGCAGACCCUCCUUCUUACGGAUGGAGAACGAUGCUAAUCCUAACACUAAUGCUAAUGCUAACUCCUUAGGGUAUCACAGCUCCCAUACAGCACCUCUUCCACUCUCGGCUGGUCCUAUCCAGACUACAGACACAAUGGCAGCUGUUGAGGAGGUGCCGGAGAGGGGAGUCGGGCUCAUGGUGCUUCCCCCUCCAGCUCCGUCUGUGGAUGUGGACGACGAGUUUGUGUUUGUGGACCCAUUGCCACCUCCUCUACAGUUUGCAAAUGGCAACGAUCGUGGACCCAGAGGAACGUCUACAUCGACCCAGCAACCACAGCAUCAAACGCACCAUUAUCAGCAAUCCCAAUCCCAACAGCAGCAUAAGCAAUCAGGCCCACAGCAGCAGUCUGAUCUACAGCCACAGCAAUCACAGCAGUCCGCCCCGUCCCAGCAGCAGCCUCAGCCCCUGCAACACGCUCAGUCCCAGUCAGACCCGCCUCAGGAAGAGCAGGAGCAGCCUCCACUUCACCCCUCCGCUGUGGUCCACCCCUACUUAUUCCCCCCUUGUCCGCUAAUUCCUCCACCCCAGCUUUGCCCCAAAAUCCCCCCCUCCAACAUGCCUCUUUCGUCAUCGGAUUCGAACCCUUCGAGUCAAUCCCUGCCCCCACAGAUUAGUCAGGUGGUAGCACCCCAAAUCCCAUUGAGCAUCCCCAGCCAGUCACUGCCCCCUCAACCACCAGUGCCACCCAUGCUACCCCAUCCUCCUCAUCUUCCCCAGCCUCCUCAUCUUCCCCAUCCUCCUCAUCUUCCCCAUCCUCCUCAUCCUCACCAUCCUCCUCAUCUUCCCCAUCCUCCUCAUCCUCCCCAUCCACCCCCCUUACCCUCUCCUCAGGCAGGAGACUCGGCAGCAUCCAGUCUAACAUCUUAUGACAGUGAAGUGGCCAACCUCACACAAUCUGUAUUCUCCUCUUCCCUCCCUUCACCACAAGCCUUUCCUCCCUCUACACCCCCAUCUUCUCUUAACCCUUCCAACCCCCCACCUGCCUCCUCCACCUCUGCUGUGUCUGCUCCAUCCCUCCAUCGCCCUCAGCCUCUCUUCUUUGCCCCAGCAGCCCAGGGCCAGGACCGUGGAAAUGCCUCCUUGACAACCACCGUCACCUAUGCCACCACGACGACCAGCCAGGCCCCUUAUGCAAUUACCACCACUACUGCUGCCUCAACAGUUACCCCUGGUAAUCAGCUCCCCCCUAAGGCUGUUGAGAGCCGGGGAGAGUGGCAGGAGGCAGUGGUGGAUUCUGGGAUUGAGGAGCUGGACAGCCACAGCAGUAGUGAUCACCACCUGGACAAAGUUGGUGUGAGGGAAUGUGAGCGAGGGGAGAGGAGGAAAGAAAGCAUGGAGGUUGGUGGAGGUAGGGUGGCUGGUAAAGAUCAAUUGGAAAGGAGAGAGUCCCUAGACUCCUCGGCAGCUUACAAAAUGCACAAUGACGCCACACACAUCCGGACCCACCAGAGUGGCAAGCCAGUGCCGCCACUACGGCGACAGCCUAGCGCCGCUACCUUCAUCCAGCACCCCCACAGACCGAGAACACACGAGGAAGAGGACAGAGGCCGUGGGUUGGGGAUAGGCCAGGUUGGGGGAUCAGAAGAGGGUGAGCUGGGAGGGGUGCGCGGACCGCUUUUUAUGGACCGUCGGCUGAACUCCCCUCUGGCCAGUGUGAAGGCCAGCAUCAUCACCGAGCUCAGCAGCAAGCUGCAGCAGAUGGGGGGCUGGCAGAGCCAGAAGGAGCCCCCCUCAGGCAGGUUUCAAGAAGACGCCACAUCAGCCAUGAGUCCCCCUUUAGUGCGCUCCUCAUCCCCGCUGCCUGUGCCUGUCUCCAUCCCACACGUCCUCCUCAGGGCCCUGUCCCCCACUCUCCCCCUCUCCCCAACACACCACCCCUCCCUUCCUCCAAUGUUACCCCCUUCUCUCAACCCCAACAUGUCCCCGACUCUGACCCCGACUCUGACCCCUCUAAAUCUCCUACAGUCCACUACACCCACUCAGCCACCCUGCUACUCAGACUGGACGUGUCCACCCUCCCCUCUGGCUCUCAAUGCUCCCCCUCUUUCCCCGUCGUCCCUCUCUCACCCUGCUCCGCCCCUAUCUCCUUCCUCUCUCUCUCGCUCCCACCCCCCUCUGUCUCCAUCCUACUCGCCCUAUCCCACGUCCCCAAAGCAUCGCACCAAGUACCGCGGCAAAGCGCUGGAGUUCCAGUUCAACUCCCCCGGGGAGCUGCGACGAUCUGAGUCUCACAUCGGCCACUCCCCGCGCCGCCGGGCCCCCAGCCCGCUCAUCUCCUGCACGGACCGGCCCCAGCCUGGACCCCCCAGGCCCUCCUCCCUGCCUCUCUUCCCCAGCUCCAUGUACAACGCCCCGUUUGAACUCCAGCCCCCGCUCACCCCACCUGCUCACUCCAUGCCCCUGUCUGACCCAUACUUCCCCAGCACCCCUCCACUGUUCUCCCCAAACCCAGCGCCCACCUCCAACCCACUCCUGGUCUCCCGCUCUCUCUCGCCCACUCACUUCCUGUCGGGUUGCUCCUCCCCUUCCUACCCUCCACUCACCCUGCCCCCACCUGCCAGGCCCUUUGCCACCAAGCCCCUCCCUUACUGGAGCAAGUACGAUGUUGCCGAUUGGCUCGUCUACUUGAACCUUGGGGAGCACCACGAACGUUUCCUGGACAACGAGAUCGACGGCUCUCACCUGCCGUCGCUGACUAAAGAGGACUUCCUGGACCUGGGAGUGAGCCGGGUGGGCCACCGGAUGAACAUCGAGCGGGCGCUCCGCAAACUCACCAACAGGCUCUCCUCUCCUUUCUCUGUCUCUACUGUUUCAUCUGAAGGACAGAGCGAAAGAAUGAAAGAUGAGGGGAUUGAGAGCUGAGAGAAUGGGGGGAAGAGGGAGUCUUGUAACAAACAAACUACUAGAGAGAUAACUGAGAGAUCUCUCAUGACUGAAAGAUUACCUAAAAAUGACUGAACAUAACUUGGAGAGAAAAUGCAAGCAGAGAGAAGAGCUGGAUAAUUUUUUUUUUUUCAAGUGAUUUCUUGCGUGGUUCACUGCACACCUGUGGUUUAACCAAUACAAUCGUGUACAGACGAAUGCAGAUCUUUUCACACAACUUACCGAUACAUCAAUAUCACACACACACACACACACACCAGUUACACAUGCACACAUACACACCUCGCUAACAAAGCAAACGAAGACAUUCAGAGUGAUCAGAACCAAUCGAUCGCCCAAAUAAUCAGCGUGAUUUCAACUGAUCAUCCAAUCAAUGAACACAAUUCCAUCUGCUAGACAAAGACUCCGACUACAGUGGUGAUCAAGCCGUGGACGUGGCGGGGGAAGAGCCAAGCUUCAAGCUGUUUUAAAUUUGCUAGGCCACUGCUACAUGUCUUUCCUUUUCAUUUGGUCUGGAUGACAACGUUUUAGUUUAUGGAAUUGUUAUUAUUACGCCAUUAUGGAUACAAUGUGAAUUACUGAUGUUGUGUUAUGGAACAUUGCCCUCAUCACAAUCACCAUUAUUGUGGCUCUUUAAUGGAGGCCCAGUGGCGAUGAUUCAACGGAUGAGGACGAUGAUAAGAAUGAAGGUUGUGGUAAUCUGUGAGGACAAUGUUGCUUCUGAUACUGCUGAUAUUGACCGUGGGGAUGGAGGAAUAAGACAUUAAUUGCAAAUCAUGAUAAUGAUGACGUUAAUUAUAGUUUAAAGUUAUAGUAAUAAUGGUUAAGUAUGUACACUCUUUUCAAGCUCAAAAAGGAUCUUUGUCUUCCAGAUAGUCUGAAACCUGCGGGGGUCUGAUGGGCUUUUAGUUUUACCUUGAGAUGCUCUCUACAUAAUCAGCUUGUUGUGAAUUUAGUGGAUGCCUACACACACACACACACACACACACACACACACACACUCUUGUAUUCUGCAUGAACAUUGAACCAUGCAUUACCAGUACCUGCAAACACACCCAGGAAACAUGCACACACACAUUUACAAACAAACAAACAAAUAUGUAGUGUUAUGCGUUUCUUUGCUUACGGGAGGUUUCUCAUAGAAUGGGUUCUGUAGAGAGCAUCUCUAUAUAUAUUUUAAAAAGAAUAUUUUAGAACAUAGUCAAAUCUAUCCAUUAAAUUAUAUAUGAAGACAAUAUACAGUAUGAACGUGUGUAUGCAGAGGUAAGGAAAUAUAUCAGAAUUUCUAUUGUUUUAAUGAAAGAUAAUAAUGCUAUAUAUAGUUAUUAUUAAGAUAUUUGAAUAAAUGAUAAACAAAC